CUAAAUGCAAUACAUGACUUAACGUGUGAAGCUGCAAUUGUUGCUGGAAUGUUAUUCCAGCCCAGAUUCUCAGCAUUGGAGCUUGUGGGGUUGUAGGAAACUGUUGCUUUCGAAGUCCUUCUCGAGAGUUAUCGUAAGAAGUGAUUGCCCUCUAACGGCAAGUAACUCUAAAGAUUGUUUGUGAGUCAGUUGGGAAGUUGUGGCUGGACGGAUAUGACCAAUGACUUGCAACAGUGAAAUAUAGGGCUUCAGGUGGCGUCGGUGCUUUUGCCGUCAAGCUGGUCAAUCAUGGUCAAGCGGUGGAGGUCCCUGUUCUAUGGGGCAUUCUUGAUGCUUUACAAAUAGAUUCUAACCUUCUGAAGCUUUUAUCUGUUGGGGACUGGGUGGGCAGUGGUGGACGGUGAGAGCUUAGAUUCAUGUUGACUUCGGAAGCGGACGAAAUAAAUGGCAUCUUGUAACGGGUCGUAUUGAGAGAGUGAGAGAUCGCUGAGCGAUGCGAUAAACAGGAGGAGAGUGUAUGCAUGAUUCGUAAAACAGUAGUUUUGUCUCGGAAUUGUGGGGUAUAGAGUUAACGAUUGCGAUUGAUUCCAUGCACAGUGUGAGCCAUAGCACUAUAAUGUCGAAUUGAGCUGUCCAGCGCGAUCGUUGAGCGGAGAGAUUCUAGUCCUGAUUGCUGAUUGGGAUGAAAGCAUUGAGUAGGAAAAAAUGGAGAAUUUAGAGUGUGGCAAUUGAGUUGGUGCGUGUUGCCACAGCUUGCGUGCCGCAUUAUCAGAGUUUCAAUCAAUUUGUACAGAUGGAGACGUCUCAGUUGAGCGAUUACUGGGCAGGCUCGCAACUUUUAGGCAACUCAUCGUUUGGACCCGGAGUGCGGGUAGAUUCUGUGUCUGGAUCGCAGUAUUUCGUGGUGGAGUUCUUCCUAAGCGCGAUUGUUUUCACCGUCUUCAACCUUGUGUUUCAAAGGCUACACGAGCCGAGCUUGAUACCGCCAAGGCUAUCUGCGUGGAAUUUUUUGUGUCAAACUCACGUCCUGCGGCGAAACCCAACCGUAGUGUUACACAAUCUAGUGAAGCGGUAUGGACCUGUGACGCAUGUGAAGUUGUGGUCUCAAGACUUGCUCGUGCUUUCCUCGGUUGCAGCAGUUGAGGAAUUUUACAAACUCCAUGAUAUGGAAUUCGGAGAUAGACCUUCCUCCAUGAACAGAGUGACUCUGUCGAAUAGCAUCAACUCCUCGUGCUUUCCGCCUCUUGCAACCUACUGGAAGCACCUCCGUUUUGUUCUGGACAUGACAACCUCGACGCCUUUCGACAAGGGCACAAUAUGCGGGUUCGAGUGGGCGUUGGAGGCUCUGCAUCACCACCCCAGCAUUGUGGCAGGUGUCUGAGGAAGUCGAACGUAGCCUAGGCUCCCGAUCUCACAUAGAAGACUCCGACUUAGCGAAGCUGCCCUACCUUCAAGCAGUAGUGAAAGAACUUUUCCGGCUCUAUCCACCUUGCGCAUUUUCCUUCCCCCACGAAUCCUUCGACGAGUACUGCCACAUCUUUGGAUAUGAGGUUUCCCCCCGAACGCAGGUGCUAAUCAACAUCUACACUAUACAGCGAGACCCUGCCGUCUGGACUAACCCCAAUGAGUUCAACCCAACCCGAUUCAUCACCCAUCCAGGGAUCGACAUGCACGGCCAGCACUACCAGCUUCUGCCAUUCGGAGGCGGUCGACGGCAAUGUCCCGCCACGAAGCUAGCGAUCCGGUACGUGCAAUCCGGCCUUGCUCGUUACUUUCACGACGCUCGCAGCUCGCACAUGAUUCCGCAUUCAACAUGUCUAGAAGACGACCUCUAAAAGCAAGGUUCGUUUUUUUUCUAUACCCCAAAAGUUAAAAAACUAGUCUCACCCCUGCAACGAGACAUCCAACUGGAGUAAAAUACAUCAACUCCCUCACCGGCCUCCGAUUAUCAGCAGACUAAGUUAUGGAGAUUAAAAGUGAAGUAUCGUGUAGGAGUAGGACACAGCACUUCCGGGGAUGAUGUUAGCUCGUUUCCCAUACACUAGUUUGCUUCGGCACAGCGAAGCUCACACAUCGAUGGCAUGAGCAGAUAGCUGCAUCGAUGUUGCGGUAAUCCUUGGCAACGUCGCGGCGGAGACUUAUUUUUCCAAAUCCAUUUCAAUCCAUCGGAGAAUGGGGCUGGUUGCGUCGUGGCUGCGAUGCCGAGCUUGAGGCUUUUCGAAGUUUUCUUCGUGUUGACGGCACUGGUGCAGCGCAUUUGACGCUCCUUUUUUCUUAUUAGCCCUUUUUGUGGGGUCCUUGAUUGAUAAGGCUUUGUAAUGAAAGUCCAUCUCAGGAUUCCUCCAUUUCUCAAUUCUUAUUUCUCAUUUUUUCAGAAUGUUCUGACGCAGCUUCCCUCUCCAUGUUCAUUUUUGUGAAAUUUCAAUUAUAAAUUAUCUCUUUUUUUUUUA